UCUGGGUUCAAUUUUCCGACUUUACACUUUUUUUCCCUUUUUUUUCUUUCUCCCCCUUCACAGUGAAACAGCGUCUGUUGUGGACUCUGACAGCCAUCUGCCAACUGAGGGAAGCUGUCAUAGCAUGACUGACACUGUAAUCCAGGUUUCCCUCAUUUUUCCAAAUGGGGACAAGUACGAGGGCGAGUGUCGCAAGUCUGAAUCUGGAGAGCUGGUGAGAAGCGGCACAGGAAAACACACUUCAGCCAGUGGCAUCGUAUACACCGGAGAGUGGCAAGAGGACAAAAUGCUGGGCAAAGGGACCCUGCAGUUUCCCUCUGGGGCCGUGUAUGAAGGAGAGUUCAAAGACAACGCGUACAGCGGCUGGGGAACAUACACAUUUCCGGACGGCUCUAUGUACAAGGGCCAAUUUUACAAUGACAGGCUGGAGGGAGAGGGUACCUUCACUGACACACAAGGCCUGAAGUGGACUGGAGACUUCCACGGUGAAGCAGCACUUGGUCUCAAACUGAUGCACAACCUCUAGACAAAAAAAAAAACAAAAAAAAAAACAGACUAAAGAAUCAUUGUUCUAGAGCUAGACCACAUUAGGAAAACACUAACACUGAAAGUUGAUUAAACGUUCAAAUGUGAACAUCUCCAUUUCUUCAGUAAAACAAUAAAAUAUUGGAAAUCUUGA